UGUAAUUACGAUAAAUUAAAAAAAUAUAAUGUAUUUUCUCUUCUCUCUUUAUUUUUCCACCCUUAUAAAGAUGUAAAAAUUAAAAAAAUAAAAAAAUCGAAGGGUGGAGUUCUCUGGAAAGCAAGUUUCCAUGCUCCUAUUUGUUUCCUGGUUCCUUCGAUUUUCUUCUCUACUAAGACUUCGUCGUCAUUGAUUAUUGAUUAUCCAGCAACAAUUCAAACCCGUCAACAUAAUUUCGUGUCUGUACAAUUCAUCUCCCUUUCAACACAUCCUGCGUCAAAUUAAAUUAGGUUUUUACCAGUUUUCCCUCGAUGGCCGCCAAUUCCCACAGAGCGGGUUCUUCCUACGGCGGCGCCGCCCCUUACCGAUCAAGUGAUGGGCUUAGCACCCGACCCGUUGGUGCCUCCGAGGAGAUCCAAUUGCGUAUUGAUCCAAUGGACUUGGACGAUGAGAUCACCGGUCUUCACCGCCAAGUUAGAAGAUUGAAACAUGUUGCUGAGGAGAUAGGGACAGAAGUGAAGUAUCAGAAAGAUUUUCUUGAACAACUGCAAAUGACAAUGAUAAAGGCUCAAGCUGGAGUGAAGAAUAACCUGAGAAGAUUGAACAGGAGCAUCAUCCAAAGUGGUUCAAACCAUAUUAUUCAUGUCAUUAUGUUUGCGUUAGUCUGUUUCUUUGUAGUGUACCUUUGGUCCAAGAUGUUCAGAAGGUGAUUUGCAGUCCAGUUUCCUGGUUGAAAGACUCCACUAAAGGGCUUAAUCCGUUGAUUCACAUGAUAUAACAGAUUUUGUUGUAAAGAGAAGGCUCCAUAAUCCUUUGGAGUUUGUUAUUAAAAUAUAUUUGACUUUUGCCAUAUGUUUCUCGGAUAUAUUGUGUAGUUAAAGCAGUAAUUCUAUUUGAAAAAAGAUGAAUGAUUUGCGUGCUUAGUAGUUUACGGUUAUUUACUUUUCUCUAUGAAUGACAUGUGACCAUUUAAGUACUUUGUAG